AUGAAAAAGUAUGGACAAAAAUGGCUUGUGGAUCUUAUGCAUGGUUCAAUUGAUUCUUACAUCAAUCAAGCUCGAAAUUUAUUAGAUAAGAGUAAAAAUGGACUUGAUCCUUUUUGUACAAUUUCUAUGGGAAAAGAAAAAUUUCAGACUGCUGUAUGUGAAAAAACUUGUUCACCCGAUUGGCAUGAACAAUGUGAUAUGCCGAUUGUUGAUGAUGCAAGAAUAAAAUUAACUGUAUAUCAUAAAAGUAAAAAUUCUUUAUCGAAAGAAAAUUUUAUUGGUCGUGCUUAUAUUUCUUUACGUGACUUACACGAUUAUGAUCGUGUUCAUACAAAUUGGUAUAAAUUAACUGAUAAAGACGGAAAACUUGAUAAAGAUCGUGGAGAAAUAGAAGUAUCAUUACAAUUCUAUUCGCAAAAUAAUACAACUGGAAGUGUAUUGGAUUUAGCAACGAAAAAAAAACAUUUGUCACUCAAAGACAUUAGACAUUCGUUAAGUGAAAAACUAAAACCAUCAAAACAUCGAAAACAGGACCAAUAUGGGAAUGCAAAUCAGUUAGCUGAUCAGCGUCAUCGUCUGGGUGGUGACGAUGGUAGUGUGAAUAACGUGCGCCGUCUUGAUGAUUCAACAUCUGAAUCAGUGUCAUUUGUUGGUUCAUAUACAUCCUUGAAUAGUCUACCAUACAAUGAUACCAAACAACAAAAAAAGAAAUCACGUGCUCCAAGUAGUGGUAUUGGUUCAACAUUGGAUAGUGAAACACCAUAUUCAUCACGUCGUUCAAUAACAUCUGAUUAUGAAACAUCAUCAAUACUUGAUUCAGCAUCGAUGUAUGCUGGUGAAGAAACUUCAAUACCAUCACCAUCUAAUCGUCCUCAAAUUCAAGAACAACAUCGAGAAGAAAUUUCUGUUGAUGAUAAUUUAUUAUCAUCAAAUCCUUCAAAUAAAAAGAAAACUAAAGAACCAUUACCAUCAUUAAAUGUACCGACAAUUAUCAUAAACGAAUCUUCAAAUUCACCUUCAUUACCAAUAUCAACAGAUUAUAAUCGAAAAAUUUCAAUUACAGGUGAUGAUAUUGAAGCAGCAUUUGAUUUUGUUGAUGAUAAUAAAACUGCAAUAAAUAAAUCUAAAGAUUAUGAAAUAACAUCAACAUCUGAUUCAUUUUUUGGUCUAUCAACAAUAAAAGAAAUUUUGGAUACAGAUGAAACUAUUCUCAGUUCAACUUCAUCAAAACAUCUAAAAGAUGAAGAGAUCGAUUUUAGUAAUUAUUUUAAUCGAAUCAAUCAAACAAAUGACGAUAAAAAAACUAAAAAAUCUGCUUUGGAUAUUCUAAAAUCAAAAUUCAUUCAUCAUUCAAAAGAACAACAACAUUCUAUACGUUCACAAUCUGAUGAUAUUCAAACACCAUCUGCAUCUAUCUCUGUAAAACUUAAUACUACUUCAAAUUCUUCCAUUACUCUUCCCACAAAAAAACAAUCUAAUGAUAUAAAUGAUUCAACUGAUGAAGAUGUCGAUGAAGUUUUAGGAACAUUGGAGCGUGUAUCCAGUAUGCGUUCUUCGGUUAGACGUAGAAUUCAACCCCGAGAUGAUUUUAUGCAACAAUCAUUGUCUGAGACUGAUAAUAAAUGGUCUAAUGGAAAUGAUCAAACACUAUCAAAUCGAAAUACGAAACUAACGUUACCUGAUAUUGUUGGCCAACCAUCAGUGAAAAAUCCAUCUCAAUAUACGACUUCUUCUGGACCUAAAAAACUUACUAAUAACGGUCUUUGUGUACUUGGUUAUGAAAAUAUAAAAAGUGUUCCAAUUAAUCCAAAAAUUCGUCAGGAACUUGAUUAUCUUGAUCGUGAAGAACUUCUUCAUGUAAUUGCUUAUCAAUCGGAUUUAAUAAAAAAACGUGAUACACGUUUAAAAGAUCUUGAAUGUUAUACUGAUGGUUUACUUGUUAAAAUUGUUGAACAAUGUCCAACUAUACUUCAAAAUGGAACUACUAUCAGGAUCAAAAGAAAACCGUAA